CCCUCCCCCCGACGCCCACCAUGACACACCUCGACCUCUCCCCCGUCACCCUGCUGCUGCAGGAGGUGCAGACCGUCACCUCGGCCAUGCGGCGCAACCAGCGGUGGGCGAGCGUCCCGGCGUCCACAUACGCCGCGACGGGCCUCUCAACGUCCAUGUCGCGCCGUGGGCGGCGCUCUGUCGGCCCCGAGGGGCGCGCAGCCGCGCGACGAGCAGAUGACGAGGGAGACCUCAUGCUCGGCUUUGUUGAGCUGCGACGCGCGCUCGCCGGCGUCCGAGAAGUCACAGCCCUCACCCCCCUCGCCAUCGUGUCCCCCUUCAUCGCGCUCAUCCGCUCCCCGCUCACCUCGGGCCCAAUAACCUCGCUGGCGCUGACCUCGCUCCACUCUAUCAGCCUGCACAUCCUGCCCCUGUACCUACCGGCGUCGCCGCCUCCGCCAAUCGGCCCAGCAAGCCCGCUGCAGCUCGCGCUCGUGCACGUCACCAGCGCGCUCGCGCUGUGCCGCUUCCCGUCGUCGUCGCCGCAGCAGGACGAGCUCGUGCUCCUCCGCCUCCUGCGCGUGAUUGAAGCGCUCGCCGUGCCAAACCUGCCCGACACGGACGUCGGCUCCCCCGAAUCAGCUGGCCGCGUGCCCCAGUGCCUUCUGGACCACAUGGGCGACGAGAGCGUGUGCGAGCUGCUCGAGGUCGGACUCGGCAUGCUCGCCCGUGGACGCCUCAGCGACGGCUUGAGAUCCAGCGCUCAGCUCUGUGUCCAGGCUAUUACGCGCGCAGCGUUCGUUCGCCUUCGCUCGCUGAGUGCCGAGGACGUCGAGGCUGCGCUCAACUCGCGCAACGCCGACAAGAUCAAGGAGAGCGUUACCGUUCCGGGGCACCGCGCCUCCACCGAGGCGGCAAAGAAGGAGCCGGCGCCGGAGCCCGCAGCAGAAAAGGUGGAGGAGGAGAAGGAGACUGAGGCUGCGACCGAUGCCGCCGACGCGACUCCCAAGGCUGAGGCCAAGGCGCUUCCCGACGACGUCGACGCCGACCAGCCCCCACAGUUCGCGCCGUACGGCCUCCCGACCCUCCUCGAGCUGCUGCGCGUGCUCAUCGCAUUACUCAACCCCACGGACCAGGCGCACACCGACUCGAUGCGGUUGUCGGCCCUUGCAGUGCUCAACACGGCGCUCGAGGUCGGCGGUCUGAGUAUUGGCAGCUGGCCAGAACUACGCGAGGGUGUGCGUGACGAGGGAACGAGGCAUCUCUUCCAGCUCACGCGGUCCGACUCGCCGGUGCUGCUCUCCCAGUCGCUGAGAACGACGUCGACGCUGUUCGCGACCCUUCUACCCCAUCUCAAGCUGCAGCUUGAGCUCUUCCUCUCCUAUCUUGUCGACCGUCUCACACCACCAAAUCCCAGCCCUAUUCCUCAGCACCUCCUCCGCUCUGAGGUGUCGCGCCCCGGCUCCCCCAGCCCGAACCGCGGCACGACGACGGCCGACGGUGGUCACGAGGAUUCCGGCCGGCCCGAGACGCCGGCAGCGGUCACACCCAAGCCGUAUGCUCUCCUGCCGCCCGUGUCGAGCGAGUCGAAGGAGCUCUGGCUCGAGACCCUCACCCAGAUCGCCUCGCGUCCCAGCUUCAUGGUCGACCUCUGGGUCAACUACGACUGCUCGACCGACAGCGAGGACCUUUUUGAGCGCCUCGUCGCAUUCCUCACACGCGGAGUGUACCCCGCUGGACCCAAGCCGGACGGCUCAACCAUCUUCGAGGGGCUGGAGAAUGCGCAGCUGCUCUGCCUCGAGAUUAUCCUCUCGUACAUUGACUCGAUGGCGAAGCGUCUCGACGACCCCCAUGAGCAGUGGCCCGAGGAUGCUCUAUCAAUCGGCGAGCUCCUGACAGCCAAGUCUCGGAAGGCCUUGCUUAUUGCCGGUGCGGCCCAGUUCAACAUCAAGCCCAAGGUCGGCAUUGAGGCUCUGGAGAAGAACGGUACGAUCGUGCCAGAUGAGGGUGAGGGAACGCCCGAGGAGAAGCGGACCCGUGGCAUUGCAAAGUUCCUCCGCAACACACCACGUCUCGACAAGAAGCUGCUCGGCGAGUACAUUUCGCGUCCGGACCAGCUCGAUCUGCUCAAGGCAUUCAUCGGGCUCUUCAACUUCAAGGGCAAGACAAUCGCCGAUGCGCUGCGUGAGCUUCUGGAGACGUUCCGUUUGCCAGGCGAGGCUCAGCCAAUUGGGCGCAUCACCGAGGUCUUCUCGCAGCACCUGUUCUCGUUCCAGCCUCCUGAGAUUGCUACGGAAGACGCGGCCUAUGUGCUUGCCUACUCGGUCAUCAUGCUCAACACCGACUUGCAUAACCCCCAAAACAGAAAGCGCAUGACCAUCGAGGACUAUCGCCGCAACGUCCGUGGUGUCAAUGACGGUGCCGACUUUGACCCCGACUACCUCGCUGCCAUCCACGAUUCGAUUCGCAAGCGCGAGAUCAUCCUGCCAGAGGAGCACGUCGGCCAGCCUGGAUUCGACUACGCAUGGAAGUCGUUGAUGCAGCGUUCCCGCACCGCCGGGACGACCAUCUCCGUCAACACACCGGCGUUCGACGAGCCCAUGUUCAAGCUGUCGUGGCGUCCGAUUGUCGGCUCGAUUGCAUACGCGUUCACCGUGUCGGCAACCGACGAGCAUGUCAUCCAGCAGGCCAUCACUGGCUUCCGCCAGUGUGCUACUCUCGCUGGUCACUUUGCUCUCCCUGAGGUGUUCGACACGAUCGUGCAGUCGCUAUCGCCAGCAACUGGCCUGUUGGACGACACCGAGGAGGGGUACCAGAUGGGCAACUACCAGACGGUCGAGCGCGACGGUGUGUCGCUCACCAUCUCACCGUUGGCUAUUCGCUUUGGCCAGAGUUAUCGCUCCCAGCUGGCCACUGUCGUCCUGUUCACCAUUGGUAACGGCAACGCCAACACGAUCCGCGAGGGCUGGAACCAGAUCUUUGAAAUGUUCCAGACAUUGUUCCUGCACAUGCUCCUCCCGGCGCCCAUGCUCCAGAUGGAGGACUUCCUGGCUGGUACCACGGUGAUUCCGAUGAGGGUUGCCGCGCAGACUGCGCCACCGGAGCGCGGAUCGCAGGGCGGUGGCCUGCUGUCGACCCUGUCGUCGUACCUCCUCAGCCCGUACGGCGCAAGCAACGACGCUCUGCAAACCGAGGCCACGGAGGAGGAUGUCGAGAGCGCGCUCGUGGCGGUCGACUCGCUCGCGUCGUGCAAGCUUGAAGAGCUCUACGCCGAGAUCCUGCAGCUUGAGGUCGACGCGCUCAUCCCCGCCCUCCGUGCUAUCCGGGCCCUUGCCGAGAUCCGCACGACCCACCGCCUCGAGCCGCGCGAAACCCCCGACGGACCCAUGCGCUUCGAGGGCCAGCUGCCUUACGACCCAGCGUGCGUCUUCAACCUCGAGCUCCUGGUCAGCCUGGCUGCCCGCGGCAAGGAGCACAUCGCGGAGACGUGGCCUAUUGUGUUCGAGUACAUCUCGGCCCUUCUGUCGUCGGCGCAGAGCUACAGCGUGCUGUUGAUUGAGCGCGCGGUUGUGGGCCUCCUGCGGCUGUGUCUCAUCGUCUCGGAACAGCCCGAGCUCCGCGACCAGCUGUACAUUGCCCUGGAUGUCCUCCGCAGCCUGCCGUCGUCGGUGCUGAACGCUGUCGCAGAGCAGCUGAUGGCCGGCGUUGGCAAGAUUCUGGAGAAGGACGCUGGCGUGGUCAAGUCGCAGACCGAGUGGGGCCUCAUUAUCGCCCUGUUCCGCGCGACUGUCGCCCACCCCGAGGCGAGCAAGGUGACGCUUGCCAUUGUCCAGCGCAUGGCGAACGGCGGCGAGCCUGGCGUCACGACCGACAACUUUGCCGGCGUCGUCGCCCUUCUCGACGAGUUUGCCACUGCUGCGGGUGCUGCCGCCGCUGGCCGCCUGCAACCCAGCCGACGAACUAGCGGCAACGUGGCCCCGACCCUUGGCCCCACGGUCGAGCGCGGCCUCACUGCCCUCGACUCGCUGUACGAGCUCCGCAACGCGAUCCCCCAGCUCAUUGCCAAGAGCGGCAAGUCGAGCAAGGAGGCGUUCAACACGUUCUGGCUGCCGCCGCUGCUUGUCAUCGGCAAGCAGUGUGUCAAUGGCCACCGUGAAAUUAGACAGCGCGCCAUCUCGUACCUGCAGCGCUUACUGCUCUCGCCGCAGCUCAUGGCUGCCGACGAGUCGACUCUGCCGAUCAUCUUCGACCGGGUUCUGUUCCCGGUGCUCGACGAGCUCCUCAAGCCGCAGGCGUACGAGCGUGACCCUACGGGCGUCAUUGAGAUGCGCCUGCGCGCAGCGACGCUACUGUGCAAGGUGUUCCUGCAGUAUGUUGUCGGCCUUCAGGAGAUGGAGAACUCGGCGACUGUGGGACCCCAGUUUGUGCGCGUCCUGGACAAGCUGGAGCGCUUCCUCCGAGGAGAUCGGGACAUGCUGAACGAGGUUUCCGAAUCGCUCAAGAACCUCGUCCUGGUCAUGUACUCCGCCAACGUGCUCGUACCGCCUGCAAUUGGCGCGACACUCGAGACGGACAAGCGGACAAAGGACCAGAGGGAUCUGUGGGAGGCUGCCGCGCCCCGCAUUGAACGCAUGGCUCCGGGAUUCCUGGCCGAUGCCCUCGCCCCGCAGCCCGAGGUGGCCCCGACGUCACCAUCAGCAAAACACAAGGCACGAGCGAGUGAGGAUGCCGCUGUUGCUGCGGAUGGAGCCCCAGCGGCGGCGAGCGGUGACCCAAACACCACCACGAGUGCUAACGGCGGGGCAGAGUGAGCUUGUGGUUCGGCCCGGCAUAAACGGCGCCGGUUGCGAGAGACGAAGAAUGCUAGAAGAUUGCGACGGGGUUAUGCGUUAGCGACGCGUCGUGCAACGUGCUUGGAGCAGCAUAGCGUAGGGGGGAGGAGAUAUUUGAGAUAGAGAUGGAAGGGUAUGCAGGGCACCAUGGACUGUUA